CCCCCACCCGUCAAGUUACUCGUUGGCUUCUCCACUAAUUCAUUCAGUUCAUUUACUGAAAAUUGAUUUCGAGGAAAAUUGGAUUCCGUCACUACCGCCCACUAACAACCCGGUCAUGGCUUAGGACGAGCGACACAUAUACACUUGAUGCAAUCGCUGUUUGCUACUACCACCCCCGAUUGCGGCUUCUGGAUGGGUUUCCGUUUGGCAUACAUUUUCUUGCAGGGAGAGAUUCGAUUCUUCAGUUUUUUUUCGGUUUUCCAUUUGAGUGAAGUAUCCCGCAACUCACCACCCCUCCUUUCGUUGUGAAAGUAAUAUAGUGGCGGAUAUGAUGCUGUUGUUUUCAAGUUUUUUUCACCAAAUCGAUUCCUCCAUUCCUGGCAACGUGAGAAGUGUAAACAGUUUCCUGCUGAAGCCUAAACGCCGAGUGAAUUUCCGCUAAAGCGAGUGUAUUUGUCGUUAGUGAAAAGGAUUUGAGGGUGCGAAAUUGGAUGUUUCCCUUCCGAAUGUUUGUUGAUUCUACCGAGGUUACCCGGGCAACUUGAGAAUAUAAAGGACCACUGGGAGCACGACAUGGUUGCCAAAAAUACUUGCAUUCUCUAUUCUUAGAUGGUGCAAAGAUGAUUAGGUCAUCCCCUUGUAACCAUUUAAUCGGAGGUAAUCUACUGAAAUCUUGUUGUAAUAACGUCGGAAAUAAUGUAUGUGGCCAAAUUGUGCGGGACUUGGAAAACAUCACGUUAUAUUCUGUAUUUUUUGAAACUGAUUUGCUUCCUAUCGCCUAUUGUCGGUGUUCGGGCUCUGCCGCCCGUCAUAAAAAUCGGUGCUAUUUUCACAGAGGAUCAGAGGGACAGCAGCACGGAACUGGCUUUCAAAUAUGCCGUAUACAAGAUAAACAAGGAUAAGAUGCUCCUGCCGAAGACUCAGCUGGUAUACGACAUUGAAUAUGUACCGCGCGAUGACUCGUUUCGAACCUCGAAGAAAGUUUGCCGCCAAAUGGAGUAUGGAAUCCAAGCGAUUUUUGGUCCGUCCGAUCCACUAUUAGGUCCCCAUAUUCAGUCAAUUUGCGAGGCUCUCGAUGUGCCGCAUAUUGAAACUCGAAUUGAUUUGGAUACUAGCAUAAAAGAAUUUUCGAUAAAUUUACAUCCAUCCCAGCAUAAUAUGAAUCGUGCCUAUCGUGAUCUGAUUGUGUUCCUUAAUUGGACAAAAGUUGCAAUUGUCUACGAAGAGGACUAUGGACUUUUCAAGCAGCAGGAACUUAUGCGAACAACACCAGCAUCGAAGGCUGAAAUGUAUAUACGACAAGCAGCACCUGAUACAUAUCGACAAGUAUUACGUGAAAUUCGCCAGAAAGAAAUUUAUAAAUUAAUUAUUGAUACGAAUCCAAAAUUUAUUAAUCAAUUUUUCCGAGCGAUACUCCAGCUCCAAAUGAAUGAUUACCGGUAUCACUACAUGUUCACAACAUUUGACAUUGAGAUGUUUGAUUUAGAGGAUUUCAAAUAUAAUAGCGUCAAUAUAACAGCUUUUCGCCUGGUGGACGUCGAAUCUAAACGCUAUAAUGAAAUUCUGCAUGAUAUGCGAAAAUUUGAACAUAGUGGCCGAAGUAUCUUGAACACAAGUGGAGGAACUAUUCAGGCGGAACCAGCUCUAGUUUUUGAUUCGGUACAUGUUUUUGCGGCUGGUUUAACAGCUCUCAAUCGUAGUCACACGCUGGCACCAAAGAAUUUAUCGUGCGAUCUUGAGGAACCCUGGAGGGAUGGAUUGUCCUUGUAUAAUUACAUCAAUUCCGCAACAAUUGAUGGAUUAACCGGUCAUGUGGAGUUUAGUGAAGGCAAACGGUCUAAUUUCAAAAUUGACCUCCUCAAAUUGAGACGAGAACACAUUGAAAAAGUUGGAUAUUGGAGCUCAACGGAUGGCAUUAAUGUGACGAAUCCCCAGGCUUUCUAUGACACUAAUGCCACGAAUAUAACUCUCAUCGUUAUGACAAGGGUGGAAAAGCCGUAUGUAAUGCUCAAGGAUGACAAAAAUGCAACAGGCAAUGCACGAUUCGAAGGAUUCUGUAUCGAUCUGCUAAAGGGUAUUGCUCAACAGGUUGGCUUUCAGUAUCAGAUCCGUUUAGUACCUGAUCACAUGUAUGGCGUUUUUGAUCCUGAAACGAAGCAGUGGAACGGUAUAGUACGGGAGUUGAUGGAAAGGAGAGCUGACUUAGCUGUAGCCUCGAUGACAAUAAACUACGCCAGAGAAAGCGUAAUUGACUUCACGAAACCAUUCAUGAAUUUGGGAAUCGGAAUUUUAUUUAAAAAGUCGGAACGUAUUCAAAAUCGGUCUUUCUCCUUCAUGAAUCCACUGGCCGUCGAAAUUUGGUUCUACAUUGCAUUCGCUUACAUGCUGGUCUCUAUGACAAUUUGGAUAGUCGCCAGAUUUUCUCCUUUCGAAUGGCAAACCAAUAAGCCAACUUGCCCGAUGGCAUCAUCAACAUCUAGAACAACAUCAUAUUAUAAGGGUCUUGACGCUGAAACCCACAUAUGUGACUGUGAUGCCCUCCAAAUGGCAAACACACAAUACUGUUCACAGCCAGGACAUUUUGAAGAGACCAUCAGCCAUUUUGGAACAUCAGAAGAUUAUCUUCAAAAAGAUGACAGGCGUGAGGAAAACGAAGAGUCGUUCUGUGACAACAUACAUAACCAUGAAGUAACCGCGGAGCUGAUAAGCAUUGAAAAUGACUUUACGUUAACGAAUAGCUUUUGGUUUGCCGUUGGAACACUAAUGCAACAAGGAUCCGAUCUGAAUCCGCAGGCGACAUCAACACGCAUAGUUGGAGGAAUCUGGUGGUUUUUCACCCUUAUAAUUAUAUCAUCCUAUACAGCAAACCUAGCAGCAUUUUUAACAGUUGAACGUAUGAUAACACCCAUUGAAAGUGCUGCUGACCUAGCGGACCAAACGGACAUUUCAUAUGGUACCCUCGAAGGAGGUUCAACUAUGACAUUUUUUCGGGACUCAAAAAUUCGAAUUUAUCAAAAAAUGUGGCGUUUCAUGGAGAGCAAACGCUCAACCGUGUUUGUGAAAACCUACGAGGAAGGCAUAAAUCGAGUCCUUAAGGGCAACUAUGCCUUUCUUAUGGAGUCGACAAUGCUAGAUUAUGCUGUUCAGCGAGAUUGCAAUCUAACUCAAAUCGGAGGAUUGUUGGACUCCAAAGGUUACGGCAUCGCUACACCGAAAGGAUCGCAGUGGCGAGAUAUAAUAUCACUGGCUAUCCUAGAACUUCAGGAGAAAGGCGUCAUUCAGAUCUUAUACGAUAAAUGGUGGAAAAACACAGGAGACGUUUGCAAUCGUGACGACAAAAGUAAGGAGUCUAAAGCCAACGCCUUAGGGGUUGAAAAUAUUGGCGGAGUUUUUGUAGUCCUGCUUUGUGGUCUGGCACUUGCUGUCGUAGUGGCCAUUCUAGAGUUCUGUUGGAAUUCCAAGAAGAAUGCGCAGACCGACCGCCAAUCCUUAUGCUCUGAAAUGGCUGAGGAGUUGCGUUUUGCAAUGCACUGUCACGCGUCCAAACAACGACCAGCAUUGAAACGUAAUUGUGCCAAAUGUAGUCCCGGUGCAACUACAUACGUUCCGGGUAGUAUUGGAAUGGCUCAUUUAAAUGGUGUUCACUAUAAUUUCUUCAGUUAAUUUGGCCUAAAAAUAACUAAAGGAACACAUUCUAUAAGGUCCUGGCUCACGUAAAGCCAGAGAUGGAGAGAUGCCAUGCGAAAUAGGAGAAAUUAAAUUUUUAGAUAGUAAGCUGGGUUGAAAAAAAAUAUAAAACUAUUCAAAGAAAACUAUGUGUAUACAAUAAAGUCUAUAUGUCUUUGUGUCAACUGAUUUUAAAUAA